AGAGCAAAGCUGUGUACAAGAGACAGGUGCUGUCAAUCACAUCCAUCGCCAUGGCAAUCAGCCUUCUGGGAACACUGUGCAUGGCUCUCUACUGCCGCAACAAGAGGCGCAGGGAGAAGCUCCAGGCUCACCUGAAGGAGAGUCGCAGUCUGAAAAACUACACAGCAAACGCCAACAAUCCCCUUGAAGCCAAGAUGAGGAUUCCUAACACCAGCCUGCACAUGCAUGAGUACUGUAAAGGUCCCUCCUCGUCCAGCCUGAGCCACUGCAGCAUCAGCACCGCUCCGUCCUGCAGCUCCAGAGGCUCAGCAUGCAAACAGCACAGAAGUGGCUUCUUAACUCACAGCCCUGAGCAGAAAACAAGGUCAGCCCAUUGGUCAGCUCCUCGCAGUGCCCCGCCCAUACCCAGAGGAAGGCUAAACCCCAUUGGAGGAUGCAAAUAUUCAGGCCCCGCCUACCAACACCUUCAGGAGGUGGACCCAUCUGAGAAGGAAGCAGAAGCACAAAAAGGAGUCGACACGCAGGCGGAGAACCGGGGAAACGACUCCGGACGAGAUGCCUUCGUGCAGAUGCAAACUCCUGUUUCCAUGGAGACCCCGCCUCAGCCCAACCCCCGCAGCCUGAGGAGACCCGGCCGCCGCCACAGCCUCUCCCCGCCUCCCCCGCUGCGCUCCAUCCCCAUCAUCCCCUCCGUCCAGGGGCACCACAGCAGCGAGGUGUCCUGUAUGCAAACCAGCCCCGAAACCACAGAGAUGUCAACCCCCCGAGAGCAGGGGAGGAGGGAGGACGGCCUCGGCUCCUCCUCCGCUGGACGGCAGCGGGACGAGGUGGCGCUGCUGCUGGAGGAGGCGCAGGAGCAGCUGCGAGCGUUGGCGCUGGCCCACAGGAAGCAGGAGGAAGGCAGCGGACUGGCGGUCGUGCAGCUGGAGGCCCGGGAAACUGUUUGCUUCCUGAACCUCAGCGCAGGAGGUUCUGGAGGACUGAGCUGUAACGGACCCACGCAAACCCAACUGCUCAGCUCCAGCCAAUCACACAGAGACUUGGGCCCAAACGACCAAUGAAAAGACAGGAUUCAGGAUGUCCAUUUAUCGUUUGACUCUCUUUGACAGACCCUGGUGUUCUGUAUCUGUGACUGCAAAUGUCAAUUAAAAAACAAACAAUAAAUGCACAUUUCUAUAUAUAAAUAUAUAUAAAUAUAUAUAUAUCAUUGAAAAUCCUAAUGAUAUGCAUACUGUAUGGAUACAAGUGGUCACCUUUACACAGACUGACAGGAUGGAGACAAGAAAAACAUGCAUUCAUUUACAAAACAAGUCAAACAUUUAGACAAAAAACCAAAUAGUCUGUCAAAUCCAUGGUUUUUAAUUGUAAAAAGAAUAUAUAAAUAAAAUAUAUAAAUAUAUAUCAAUAUAAAUAUAUGAAAUUUAAAAAGUGACCAAGUUGAAGAAUGCAGGAAUGAUGUUGCUCUUUUUUUUCUUCGUUUAUUUCCUGUUGAGUAUGAAAUCUGUCACAUUUUGUAACAACAGCUCCGUGAACGUCCACGAGCUGCAACAGCCGAAGGAAAAACCUCGAUCGCCGUUUUUACCCCUUUUUGCCUUCGGAAAACUUACCCAGCCAAGAAUUACACGACUGCCCUUUGCAGUAAGGCAGGACGUUUGGGGCGUUUCUGCACAAAGGCGAACUCCCCGGCCGUGUUCAUGACCCAACCAGAGGAACGAACAAAGUCAGCUCAGAUGCUCACUCUGUGUUUGAAACCUAUUUAUUUCUGUUUUGAUUACAAAAAAUAUUUUCACACAGAUGCACUCACACACAGUCACUUGUGCAUUAUUAUUUGACUGACUGGGUGUUUGAACAAAGAGACUACAGGGGAAAAAAGAUCACAGCAGUUAAUCUGAUAUUUUUUUAGUCUGUUCUCCAUUUUUAGUUACUAAUGAACAAUGUUGCUUUUUUGGGGU